GACAGUCAGAACUCUCCUCCCUGACAGCCACAAACCUACAGCACUGACUGCAUUCAGAGAGCGAACCUGCAAACAAAACUUCACAGAAAACUUUUUGUUCUUGUUCCAGAGAAUUGACUGAAGAGGAGAAAGAAAAAAAAAAAAAAAAAAGAAAGAAAGAAAGAAAAGAAAAGAAAGAAAGAAAGAAAAAAACCAAAAAGGAAAAAAAACAAAACAAAACAAAAAAAACAAAAACCUGUGCGUGAGGGGGGAGGAACAGCAGAGCCUUUGAAAAGGGCAGUCUCAACGACUUUGGCUGCCAGGAUGCCCUUGCUUUGGCUGAGAGGAUUUCUGUUGGCGAGUUGCUGGAUUAUAGUGAGGAGUUCCCCGACCCCGGGAUCCGAGGGACACAGUGCAGCCCCUGACUGCCCGUCCUGUGCGCUGGCCACCCUCCCAAAGGAUGUACCCAACCCUCAGCCGGAGAUGGUGGAGGCCGUCAAGAAGCACAUUUUAAACAUGCUGCACUUGAAGAAGAGACCCGAUGUCACCCAGCCGGUACCCAAGGCUGCGCUUCUGAACGCGAUCAGAAAGCUUCAUGUGGGCAAAGUCGGGGAGAACGGGUACGUGGAGAUAGAGGAUGACAUCGGCAGGAGGGCAGAAAUGAAUGAACUUAUGGAGCAGACCUCGGAGAUCAUCACGUUCGCGGAAUCAGGCACAGCCAGGAAGACGCUGCACUUUGAGAUUUCCAAAGAAGGCAGUGACCUGUCCGUGGUGGAGAGAGCAGAAAUCUGGCUCUUCCUGAAAGUCCCCAAGGCCAACAGGACCCGGACCAAAGUCACCAUCCGUCUCUUUCAACAGCAGAAGCACCUGCAGGGCAGCUUGGACGCAGGGGAGGAGGCCGAGGAAGUGGGCUUAAUGGGGGAGAGGAAUGAAGUGUUGAUAUCGGAGAAGGUGGUGGAUGCUCGGAAGAGCACCUGGCACAUCUUCCCUGUCUCCAGCUGCAUCCAGCGGUUGCUGGACCAGGGCAAGAGCUCCCUGGACAUUCGGAUUGCCUGUGAUCAGUGCCAUGAGACCGGCGCCAGCCUGGUGCUCCUGGGCAAGAAGAAGAAGAGAGAAGAGGAGGCAGAAGGCAAGAAGAGGGACGGAGAAGGAGGGGCAGGAGGGGACGAGGAGAAGGAGCAGUCGCACAGACCUUUCCUCAUGCUGCAGGCCCGCCAGUCUGAAGACCACCCUCACCGGCGCCGGCGGCGGGGCUUGGAAUGUGACGGCAAGGUCAACAUCUGCUGUAAGAAACAGUUCUUUGUUAGUUUCAAGGACAUUGGCUGGAAUGACUGGAUCAUCGCUCCCUCCGGCUAUCAUGCCAACUACUGCGAGGGUGAGUGCCCCAGCCACAUAGCAGGCACGUCGGGCUCAUCCCUCUCCUUUCACUCAACGGUCAUCAACCACUACCGCAUGCGGGGUCACAGCCCCUUUGCCAACCUCAAGUCGUGCUGUGUGCCCACCAAGCUGAGACCCAUGUCCAUGUUGUACUAUGAUGACGGGCAGAACAUCAUCAAAAAGGACAUCCAAAACAUGAUCGUGGAAGAGUGUGGGUGCUCAUAGAGCGCCCAGCCCAGGGGGGAUGGGAGCAAGUUGGUCCAGAGAAGACAGUGGUGACAUGAAGACAUGUUUAAGGUUUCUGACUGAAACAACCAG